GAAUUGGGAUUUCCGUGUUAAUAGAGCAUAAUGUAUUUGGUCAAUUAAUUCCAAUUAGUAUUGAUUUUGGAUUGAUUUUUCAUAAACCCGAUUUAGAAAUUAAAGAAAUAAUUUUAGAAAGUAAAGAACCUAAAUAUAAUAAAACUUGUAAUAUAAGAGCACCCCAACUAUCAUAUAAAGAUAUAAUAAAUAGUCCAUUUUCAUCUCCUCAUGUCCUCCCUGUUACUACUGAUCAUGAUGCUCCUCCGCUUACCACUCGAUCCAAUUCUUCCUUUGAUUUUGAUCAAUGA